AUGAUAGUGGUCCUACUCGAGAGUGAAAUGGACAGAUUUACCUAUCGAUGUAACCAAACAAAGCCUGUUCCAACACAGAGCGAGGGGGACGGAGGGAGGUGCAAAAACAAUGUCUCAGGUUGUCAACAUAAACCCUCUCAAUUCCUCGUAUUCAACACGACCCGCUAUCAAAACGAAUACCAAAACCAAAACUGGACUUCUCUGCUCCGAACACUCAAGUGCGAUGGCAAGUUUUCUUGCCUCUUUUCAGACAAUCGAAAAGAGGAACAAGCUAGGAAAGCCUUAGAUAAUGCACUUGGUGGAAAGAAAAAUGAGUUUGAGAAGUGGAACAAAGAGAUUAAGAGAAGAGAAGAGGCAGGUGGUGGAGGUGAUGCUGGUGGAGGAGGUUGGUUUGGAUGGGGGGGACGGUUUGGUUGGUCCAAUGGUGAUCAUUUUUGGCAAGAAGCACAACAAGCAAGUCUUGCUGUGCUCGGCAUUAUCAUCAUGUAUCUCAUAGUUGCAAAAGGAGAAGUGCUUCUUGCUGUGAUCUUCAAUCCACUGUUGUAUGCUUUGCGAGGAACAAGAAACGGGUUCAGUUUCAUAACCUCAAGAUUCCUUCAGAAGGCAUCUCCAGAUGGUCCUGCUAAUUUUGAUGAUAUGUCAAAGAAGGAAGUCUACGGGUUUGUCUCAGCUAAAGAGAGAGUUUUGAAAAAGUGGGGAAGCGAUUAAUUGUUUGGUUUCAGUUUUGAAGGUUACUUAAUCCAUAUAUGUUAUAAAUGCAAUGAGGUAUACCAAUUUUUGUAAACUUAAUGAGCAAGGAUGAACAAGACAAGGCUAAGGAGCAGCCCUUUUUUUUUUUUUUUGUG